AUGUACAGCCUGCUUGUAUAUAUGGCCACUUUCCUCUUGCCCGAGAUAGGAAUCGAAGCUUUUGCUGGAUUUGUCCGAGGAUAUGGAAAUCCCUCAGUGAUGUUUUCUCUCUUGAACUUUUUGUUUGAUGAGGAUAGCCUCCGACGCCAUGUCCUUCCAGCCUGGCAGCUUUGCUACGAUACAGAAUACAUAGAGUCUACAAUUUUUCCAAAGAUUAAACGGGCCCAACAGGCAUCCUAUUCACUUCUUUUCGCCCUCAAGAGGUUGGCAGAAGCAUCCAAGAAGCGUCAGGGGAUCCAAGAGGUCCCGAGGUCUUGGAGAAGCGCGGGGGGCUCCUCCGCAUCUAAAAGCCCUAGAGUUAAUAGCCCCCCGCAAGGGGAGACGAGCGGCGGCAAGGCAGCAUGGAGAAAAAAGAGCCCAAAGGGCAGAGCCGUCCUGUACGUGGACAAAGGAGCCACUGGCGACUGUCCUUCGGCGGCUCCUGAGGGGUCUGCAGGCCCCAGAGGGGCCCCACGCCGGCGCCACACAACGCCACUAGCCGGCUCAUCUCAGCGGAUCCUCGACAAGUGCAAGGAAAGCAUGAAACAGAGAAAGGCUACUUGUGUCCUCUCUCUCUCGAGGCCCAAUCUGGUUUCAUCACGCUUCUCAGGGGACGAGAAACCAACUGCAGAACGGAGCGAAAACAAAGAUGGUACUCCUCAGAAGCUCGAGUGUGCAGCGGCCGCAGAUGCCGCUCCUGCUGUCAGUGAAGUGCUCUUAGCUGCAGAAGCACCUCCUCUCGAGGACAAAGGUGUUUCUUUUCCAGACAAUAAGGACGCAGCGGACAUAGCCAUGGAAACGGGUGAAGCAAGUGAGGCGCCGAAAAUGUCAACAGAAGACGACAUCGAAUCGACGCCAGCUGCCAACUCAAGCAAAGAGCAGCAGCAGCAACUGCAGAUGCAAGCGGUGAAGGGCGUAUCCAGGGAGGCCUCAGGAAGGUCAAAUUUGAAGGUUACAGCCUCCGCUGUUGCUGCCGAUGACGUUACCAGUAUUGCCACUGAUAGUGAUUGUAGUUUGGCACUCUCACUGCCGGCUCGCGCUUUGCGUGCUGCUGUUCUUGCUCGACAGAGAAAGGCUGCAGAGGCUCGUAAAGAGAGACAAACAGAGACGGAGUGGCUGUCAGCACGAAAAGAAGAGGAAGUGAAGAAACUGCGGCAGCUUCCGGUCAAGCGACAGGCCACACGAUCUCAACUCCAAGAGAACACCAGAAAAGCACUCCUGGAGCCGCUGGAUCAGCUUCUGUUUUUGCAGCACCUGCAGUCUAUGGAUACGGCAGUGAAGAAGCGCAUGGCUGCCUCCCAGCUACGGGAGUUGACUCGAGCGUCAUCAAUCAUUGCUGAAAUGAAAAGAGCAGCAAGCCUACGGGUUCGCAAGGAUCAAACCACUUCAGGCAACAGCAGAACCGACGCUGCAUUCCUUGGCUCAAUGUCACUUUUGGAGACUCGCAUCCGCGCAGUCAUAAUGAAGCGCAAAGCAGCGGAAGCCCUUGAGCAACGGCGCAACAAAGUGAUGGAAGAACGACAAAAAAAAUGGGAAGCUCUGAGGAAAGCGGCAGAGAGAGUAGCGAGUGCAAAGGCAGUGCUCCGCGAAGCAGCAGAGACCAAUAGGGAAAGACGCGCAGAGGAGAUGCGGAGGGCCAAAGAGGCAGAGAGAUUAGCAGCAGGCGCAGCCGCGCUCAGAGCUUCAAAAUGGCUGCUGGAGAAAAAAGCAGGGCAGAUUAAAAGACAAGCGGCCCUCCAGCAGGAACAAAUAGAGAGACAGAUAAGUUACGAGUACACACAGGGCACCAAGCUACUCGCAGAGCAAGCAGUGAGGCAGCAACUGGUCAAAGGCAUGGAGAGAGCGGCGUUGGCAAGACAGCAACAGAGACUCGCAGAGGAAGUCAGCAGGGCCACUGGUCACCACUGCACAGACAGAAUCACAUGCAGAUAG